AAAAAAACUCAGCUCCUACCAGUUCAUAAGCCAGUCUUGUUUACCAAUGAAUUGGUUGUUUCGAGGUUAAUGAUUCCAGCCUAGAAACCCCACCAACAUCGGCGCUCAAUCCCCACGGCUGGUCCAUACACAUCAACUACCAAUCUCCACAUUUAUAGUUUGCUGGAUCCACCAGUCCCCUCUAAAGCUGCGGUUGUUCGACUCUCGUCUUCCUCCCCUGUUCUUCAAUCAUCCAUCAAUCCAUCUUUAUCUUCCUCCAACACCCACUUCGCAAAUUCUCACCCUUUACUCUGCAACUAACAAUAUACUCUUCUCCUGGUAAGAGGCAGCUAGUAGAAGAAGAAGAAGAAGAAGCAUUUCCGCAGCCCUCUUUUUCGCAAAUUGGAAGCAGCUGUGUGUUUCCUGAGAUGGGUUGCUCAGCUUCUCGCUCCGGGGAGCAUGACUUUAUCCAGCCGCAGAAGCCACCGAUUUCGGGUUCCCAUUCCGACCCCCUUUCUGCUCCGGUCUCGCGGUCGCUCUCUCUCCCCACCCGCCUGGUUCACCACCCGGCCGUCAGAAAAGGGGACAGCAACCAUUUGGUGGUACUCACCUCUUCCACAUAUGGAUCGCUUCUGCUAAUUGACCGCCCGGAAAUCCCAAACCCUAACCCUAAUCUCAGUAGUACCCAGAUAGAACCCGACCCGGUUUCUCCUGACUCAGUCGUCAACACGUGGGAGCUCAUGGAAGGCCUGGAUGAAGACGAAUUCGAUUUCCAUGUAGUCGACGCCCCGAAAGUUCCCAGUUCUGAGAGUGAGAAAGUGGCUGUUGAGUUGAAUGAGAUGGUGAAAUCGUAUGAGUUCGUGGAGCACACCGAUUCAUUGCUGCCCGAUGACAGGAUUGUGGUGUAUUAUACUAGCUUACGAGGGAUUAGGAAGACUUUUGAAGAUUGCUGUGAUGUUCGGAUGAUCUUAAGGGGAUUUCGGGUGUCUGUGGAUGAAAAAGAUGUAUCUAUGGAUUCAUCAUACAGGAAAGAGUUGCAGGGUGUGAUGGGUGGGGAAGGAAAAGAUUUGAGCUUGCCGCAGGUAUUUAUUAGGGGAAGACACAUUGGCGGUGCGAAUGAGAUUAAGCAACUAAAUGAGGCUGGGGAGCUGGGUGAGCUUAUGAAGGGGUUGCCUUUGAAGCAAGAGGGGGUUUUGUUUUGUGGGAGUUGUGGGGAUGCAAGAUUUGUGCCAUGCCCGAGUUGCAAUGGGAGUCGGAAAGUGUUCAAGAAUGAAGAAAGCAGGUUGAGGAGGUGCCAAAAUUGUAAUGAAAAUGGACUGGUUAGGUGCCCUGUGUGCCUCCCUUAGGGUCUGUCUGGAUGGAGGGUCUUGUGGCAAUGUUGCAAUAAUGGCUGGCAAACAACUGGUCGCAGUUUGUAAUAUGUCGUUGCAUAAGAAGCCCAGCUAUGAACAUUUCAGCAACGCUUUGGUAGGAUCAAGAGCCUGUUUGGACGUUUGGACUUUGGUACCCAAAAUAGCUUUUCAAACGGCGACACGGUUCCGGUCGGUGAUUCGAUUUUUGCAUAAAACUGCACAUAAGACGCAGCCAGUCCUGGCUGUACUAGAUUCACGCCUGGUUAUAUCGCGAUCUACUUUUAAAUCUUCCAUUUUUUGAUCUGCAUCCAGUUUGGGCUCCCCAUCCCUUUGUUUUAAAAUGUGCAGAACUGGACUAGAGUUGAUAUCGAUCUCUCAUAUAUCAAUUGUGGUGACGGACACUGGUCGGCGUGGCAGCUUAAGCAAGUCAAGUAUUACAUAUAUUUAGGAUACCUUGGCCUGUUAUCCAUCCUUGUGUUUUAAUAAAAUAAACUUGAAAGCACUUGUCUUUUGUUGAAGUGGUAACAAUAAUUAUUACUAGAUGUGUAUUAUGUGUAAUUGUCAUGUAUGUACCAGAAAUAAAAUGUAUAAAUUUGAAAAUUAGAUUCGGAAAGAUAAUAAUUUAUAA